CACAUAAUAUCUCGCGGAACAAAAGCCGUACGCGCGUUGAGCUCCUCCCCGCUGGAAGUGAACGACAGCAAGCAGACGAGAUCGUUUCUCGCUAAAGUUGGUUUUAAUACAAGAUAUCAUUUAUAUAUUUACGCUCGCAGUACGGCGGCUAAACCCACAGGAACUCGAGAAGCGCGUCUUUGUGCGAACCGAAGCUGCGUGGGAUUCUCGCGAGAUCUGGACCGCUCCUCUGACAUGGAGCCCUAUUGCCUCAUCUGAUUGGCCGACGCACUUUCUUCCAUCCAGCUCAUGAGGUAACCCCGGCUGUUGUUGUUGAUGCCCGUGUCCGGGCCGUGAUGGGGCAGAGGGUGUCGGGUUUGAAGUCUGCUGAUGAGCCGGAGACAGGUGAGCUGGCUUACCGACCGGCAUGUGCGUCGCUCCGUACCCGUGGGGUCCCACUACCUCCCCGUCUGGAGCUGCUUUUGGAUAUGCCACCGGCGGGACCGGACGUUCAGCUUCACCACGCCUGGAACCCAGACGACCGCUCACUCAACCUGUUCAUCAAGGAUGACGAUCGCCUGACGUUCCACCGCCACCCGGUGGCCCAGAGCACUGACUGCGUACGGGGAAAAGUGGGCUUCACCCGCGGGCUUCACGCUUGGACCCUCCGCUGGCCCGUGCGGCAGCGCGGCACGCACGCCAUGGUGGGCGUCGCCACCUCUCUGGCUUCUUUAAGGGCUGUGGGGUAUUGUGCCAUGGUUGGCAGCGACGCGGAGUCGUGGGGUUGGGAUUUGGGGCGCGGCAGACUGUACCACGAUAGGAAGAGUCAGAGAGGGCCGUUGCCAUCUUACCCCAAAUUUAUCGAGGAUGAGGAUGAGGAAGGGACGUUCUCCGUACCGGAGGAGAUUCUGGUGGUGCUGGACAUGGACGAGGGAACGCUCGGGUUCUGCGCCGACGGGAAUUACUUGGGGGUAGCGUUUCGUGGGCUGAAAGGAAAGCGAGUGUAUCCCAUCGUCAGUGCCGUGUGGGGUCACUGCGAGGUCACCAUGACCUACAUCAAUGGACUGGACCCCGAACCCCUGCCCCUGAUGGAGCUCUGCAGACGGGCCGCCCGGCAGGCUCUUGGUCGACAGCGGAUUCAUCACAUCCAGACUUUGCCGCUGCCACAGACGCUCAAAAACUACCUGCAGUACCAAUGAGAGACACCAAAGCACACAGAUAAAUAUCACCUGCGCUCUGAAGACUAAACACAGCGUCAGUGAUGUCACGAGAAGCUUUGUGCUGUGCACAGACGAUGCACGCUACAGAAAUGACUCGGCAGAGGAAAGUAUCAGGUUUUUAACCAAUGAUUUUAUUGAAGAUUUAUCAGAGAAGGUUAGGAAAGUGCGAGACAAGUUCAUGUCUUCCAUGGAAAUAACUUUCAUAAACUGACCUCUUCACAUUUUUUUAAUCUUAACACUAAGAGCCUGUUUUCUUCAAUGUGGAUGCAGUGUAACUUUAGACUGAAUAUGAUUUUGUGGCCGUUUGUACUAAUGCUUUUUGUUGCUGGGUGUGUAACCAGAACAGAGCCCCUUAAUAUAUGUCUUUCAGUGCCUGAGAUCUUUAAAAAGCGCUUGUUUAGUUUGAGAUGAUGACGCUUGAUUAAAUUGGUUCUCAAAUGGUUUUAGCAUCUGAACUUGAGUGUUGCUACUUUCUGUAAACUGCUGAAGCAUGAGUGAGGCUGAUUUUUACAAGUUUGAUUUUUAUAUGAUGUUGUUCUUUUAUGACCUUCGAAUUAUGAAUAAACUAAACAAAAAGA